AUGAACAGUACUAUGUCUUCUUCGAGACCGAUUGCGAAAAAACCACCAAAACAAUUAGAAAUUACUAACAUAACUCAACUAACCAAUGCCUCAACAACAAGAAAAUCCAAAUGUUCCAUUUCACGAUGUAUGUGCCUGCAACUAUUGAUUCUAUUGGCCCUUGUUGCAUUGGCAGCUUUGGUCAUUCCCAUUGUUGUCAUUGUACUUGACGCGACCAAUUCAACUCCAUGCGCAGCUUCGUAUAGUGAUACUUUCACGUAUCUUGUAGUACCAACAACAGCUCAAUGCACAACUUGGCAAACAUUUACAAGCAGUUUGAAUUGUAAGAGUUAUUCGAAAAUGCACAUUUAUGGAUCAAAUGAUGCCACGGGAGUGACUAUAACAGAUUCAUUUCUCGUUACUGAGCUUGCAGCAGCUUUAAAAUACAACGGUACCAUUACUAUUAAUUCAAAUGGAGCUAUUUGGAGUAUUAAUACAUGUUGGGGUGGUUUUAGUAUAAAUUCGAAUGGUGUCUGCUCUUGUAACGCAGGUUAUGCUAUUAGACCGUGUGUGGGAAACACCUACUGGGGAGGUAUAUCUGGUACAACGUGUAAUUCACAGUCACAAACGUUGUCACUUUAUUUUGAAUGA